UGCCAGCGCUGUGAGGUGGGCAAUGCUCACGGUGCAGUGACAGGAGAGGGUUACAGCAGCUGCGUAGACAUGAGGCAUGCUUGCCUAGCUGGUGACGCGCCGCUGCUAUUAAUCAUUCACCAGCCGGGGAGCAGCAAUUGCCGCCGCUCGGAGCGAGCGGCGCUGGCAGCCGCCUCUCUCCCGAUGCCCGCGUCCCGCAGCCGCCGCGCCGGGAGCCCUGACGGGAUGAUGCCCAGCGCAGCCGGCGGCGGGCGCCUGCUGCUCUGAGCCGGGGCGUGGGGGUGCGGGCAGAGGAUGCUCCCCAAUGGCACCUGCCCCAGGCUUCCGAGCGGUGCAGGCAGCGACAGCGGCGACAGCGACAGCGGCGGCAGCGACAGCGGCGGCAGCGACGGUGGUGGCAGCGGAGCCGGUGGCGCCUCGGAGGAGGCGGAGGCGGAGGGCAUGGACUCGGGCGGCAGGAAUUCCUCUGGCGCUCCGAACAGCACCCUGAGUGAAUCUCAGGGCAGCGCCAUCCUCAUCUCAUUCAUCUACUCCGUGGUGUGCCUGGUGGGGCUGUGCGGGAACUCCAUGGUCAUCUACGUGAUCCUACGAUAUGCCAAGAUGAAGACAGCCACCAACAUCUACAUCCUCAACUUGGCCAUCGCGGAUGAGCUGCUGAUGCUUAGCGUCCCCUUUCUGGUUACCUCCACCCUGCUGCACCACUGGCCCUUUGGCUCCCUGCUCUGCCGCCUGGUGCUCAGUGUGGAUGCCAUCAACAUGUUCACCAGCAUCUACUGCCUGACGGUGCUCAGUGUGGACCGCUACAUCGCUGUGGUGCACCCCAUCAAGGCGGCCAGGUACCGCCGGCCCACUGUGGCCAAGAUGGUCAAUCUGGGUGUCUGGGUGCUUUCCAUCCUCAUCAUCCUGCCCAUCAUCAUCUUCUCCAACACAGCAGCCAACAGUGAUGGAACAGUGGCUUGCAAUAUGCUCAUGCCAGAGCCCACCCAGAGAUGGCUGGUGGUCUUUGUGGUCUACACCUUUCUGAUGGGCUUCUUGCUGCCUGUGGUGGCCAUCUGCCUCUGCUACAUCCUCAUAAUUGCUAAGAUGCGCAUGGUGGCCCUGAAGGCUGGCUGGCAGCAACGCAAACGCUCAGAACGCAAGAUCACCCUCAUGGUCAUGAUGGUGGUGAUGGUCUUUGUCAUCUGCUGGAUGCCCUUCUACAUUGUGCAGCUUGUCAAUGUCUUUGUAGAGCAGGAUGAUGCCACCAUCAGCCAGCUCUCUGUCAUCUUGGGCUAUGCCAACAGCUGUGCCAACCCUAUCCUCUAUGGUUUUCUCUCAGACAAUUUCAAGCGGUCCUUCCAGAGGCUGCUGUGCCUCAGCUGGAUGGACAAUGCUGCAGAGGAACCCAUCGACUACUAUGCCACUGCCCUCAAGAGCAGGGCAUACAGCGUGGAGGACUUUCCCCCAGACAACUUGGAGUCAGGGAGCAUGUACAGGAAUGGCACUUGCACCUCCAGGAUUACCACCCUCUGAGGAAGCAUUCCAGUCCCCCAGCUCCCUUACUGCCCCCCAGAUGGAGGGUGAGCAAAGCCAGGGCUGUGGCACGGGGAGGCUGGGAGGGAGGGGAUUUUGGUCCUGCCCACUGCCACCAGUGUUUGGCACAAGAAAGAGCAAAGAAAACCCCACAUCCUUGAUUUGCUGCCCCCCUGCACCCUGGUUGCCCCCCUUGAGAGCGGGUGCAUUCUCUGAUGCUUUGACAUCCACUUAGUGAAUUGUGGCUCUCAUGGGUCUGGUAGCUUAGGGUCUGGUAGCCUGGCUCUGCCACUCUUCUCUGUGUCUGACAAGCGGCUGUCAAGGUCCUGCAGUGACUUCUCUCCCUCCAUCUUUUGUACAGUUUGCCCUUCCCCUUGGCUGGUGGAAUACCCCAGGCCACUGAGCCAAGCCUGCUUCAGUCAAGCCCCAGCAUUCAGGCUCAGGCACCCCCCAGCUGAAAAUGACCCCACUCAACAUCUGUCAGUACACACCUCCCCUUCAGAGAUUAGAAAUGCUGGAAAAAUUCCCCCCAAUACAUACCUGGCCCUCGCCCAGGAAGGAGUGAGUAGCCUCUCUCUGUGCCUACCUUUCCCUCCCCUGGAAUAAAAUAGAAAGCAGGGAGCAAAAAGUCCCCGAGAAAGAAGCAGCAUAGUCACAGAGAUUUUUUUUUGCUUUGCAGACAGCUUCCAGCUCACUGUGACUUUGGCUCUCUGUGCUACUUGGCAGAAGCAGAGCAGAACAGGUCUUAGGAAAAAAUCUGAUUAUUGCUGCGCUUUGGAGCUGCGUGGCAGGUUGCUCAUGAUGAGAGAUAAGCAGUCCCGUGACACAUAGGGAGCAGAGAGCUGGGACUCACUGAGAUGGGAGCUGGGGGGACUGCUGAGCUGGGAAAUGUUUGAAUCUGUCCACACACACAAUAAAGUGUGCUGAUAAUAAAGUUUAAAGGGAGCAUUAGACUGUGAAUCUGCUGUCUUGAGCCUACUCCAUCAGCUGUGAAACAGCAAUGAAGGGAGCUGAGACAGUUUUUGAAUGACCUGGAUGAUGACAAAGUCACUUUAGCCUAUAUGGAAAAAGGGGGAGUCAUUUAAAAAUCUCCACCAGUCUCUGAAAUAAAUACUUGACAGAAAAAGUAGCUGUUCAGUAAUAGCUAUUACCCUAGCUCCAGUUUCUUCUGUUGCACUAAAAUAACCCAACAAAAUGGGUUUCAUAUGUUGCCAAUGUAAUAUACUGACCCAGAGCUUCUUAAUGUUUCAUUUCUGAGAAUUCUUGUUUUUAAUGUGUGCCAGAUGUCUUCUUGUUUGAUUUUUAUUUGAUUCUAGUCACUGUGUUGUGAGCGUGUUUUUCUGAAGCAAUUUAUACUAUGUACUUAUGUCUGUGGUGGCUACUUGCAAGGUUGCAUUUAAAAUGGGUGAUGCUCAGAAGGCUUCUUUCCAGACAAAAACAUUGUCUUCUUUUCUAACUCUUUCAUUUUCAUUGUCUCCCCCACAGAAAUUCUCUCUUGAACUUUCUCUCCUCCUCUUAUGACAAAACAAAUUUCAUAUUGACAGAUGAAGCUUUCUUUGAUAAAUGACAGCUGAUUAAGUGAAACCUUCUAUCCCUACUCCCUUUUAUCCCACACAGAAGCGUCGGUACAGACUGUGUUGAAAUAAGCAGCUAUGUUUUUUGCUUUCUACCACCUAUGCUAACAGUGUCACACAGUGGCAAGUCUCCCAGUAGCUGUGACAAAUCACUUCUCUAGCACAAUACCGUGGUUGUAUCAAUUAUAACUACUGGCAAUAUGAAGCAAGAGACUGGAAAAAUCCCUAGUAGCAGCAUACCCAUAGCAUUGUACUCGUAGCUGCAGUGCUUAAGUACAGUGUAAAGUGUAAGGUUGACAAUUAAGGCAUUUAGUAUUUGUGGUGGUGGAUUGACUACAGGUUUUUGUUAAAUUAUACCCUUUAACUUUUCUCAGCAGCAAAAAGCAGGAUGCUACUUUGUACAUUUCUUUCACCAAAACUUAGGUACUGUUAAAUGAAUGUAUAAAUUUAGUACUUCAAAGUUGUCUGAUUCAAAGUCCAUCAAAAUGAGAGAAAAAAAAUCUUAAUUCACUUCAAUGGACUGUGAGUCAGCUCCUUUUAGUCUAAAAAUUGCUAAUGUGGAAACUGUUACAUACUUAUUAAAAUAUUUCAUGAAAAGCUUUAACAA